CAAAUUAGUCAUAUCAAAAACAAGCAAAAUAUACAUGUUAUUGAAUCGACAGACGAAACCCUACUGCUUGGCAACGACUGGUUCCAAAGAGCUCAAGUGCGAAUUCACUUCGACGAACAACGGCUGUUUCUUAAGCACGACGGUAAAAGAAUCGAGGUACCCAUCUCUAGUAAUGGCACGAAGAAGUUGGAGGUACCGGAAGAGAGAGACCAGCCUGGACGAAGAGCUAGUGAAGCAGAAGGAUACUAUACGGAAGAAGCUGUUGAAGAACCCAUGGAUCUAUUCUAUAACUCGUGGGAAGAAUCGACAAGUCCGGCCCUGUAUCUGACGAACGUAGAGGAGAUGCCAACAAAAGAUGACGACGAGACCAAAAUUACGGUAGAAAGGUGGAUUGAACAGUUCCUCCAGAACGAUAACCUUGAUAAAGAAGACAAGGAAAAAGCAGCGUCGUUCUUUAAACAGGAAAGGACCCUGUUCGCAAGCGAUAUACGAGAACUUGGAGAGACGAACCAUAGGUCAGGAUGUACACAUUGGAAUGCGGAUGCAUUGUCUCGAAUAAAUGGAACGGAAGACGACAUCGUGGAAAUAUAUAUGGCAAUAGUAGAAAGUGGUGAAGAAGAAUUAGUAACGGAAAAGGAUGAAAAACAGAAUGAUAAAGAACAAACCAACUUACCCAAUUUCGAACAACAUCUUGCAUUAGAAAUCUUAGAUCGACAGAAGGCUAUAUAUACGAUCGAAUUUCAUGGAUUUAACCUAAUAGCGACAGAACCUAAACAACUGUUAGUGUUAAGAGAUUGGGUAAUUACGGGAGCGAAGCAAGAAUUGAUUCGAAGGGAAUACUUACUCGAUACCAGCAUCGACUUGGGAUAUACCAAGCCAUUGGACCUGCAAGAAAUAGAGAAGGAUAAAAACGCCAAUUGA